ACUGUUGUGAAUGCAUUCACACCGACACCGUUUCUUAUUUAUUUCCCUCCCAUCAAAUAUUUAAUCACUGCACUAAUUCCCCAUUUGUCCCUCCAGAUUACACUCAUAAUUCCCUCCCCAUUUCACUGGCUCUGCUUAAAUUAUAAAAGGACCCUCUUCUGCACUUUAGUCUACACACACCCCUUUUCAUCCACUCCCUCCACAAAUCAUACUCUGCUCUUCUAGUCUCUCUGCAUCAUCUUCUCACAAACAAACACAAGCUUCUUCAUCAGAUAACUCACAUUUAUAAUAUUAUAAUGUGGGUGGAUUCAGCAUUUUUGCUGAGUUUGUGUGUGGCUCUGGUGGGCAUUGUUGGAGCAGAGGAUCCUUAUAGGUUCUUUAACUGGAAUGUCACUUAUGGUGAUAUCUACCCUCUCGGCGUUCGCCAACAGGGGAUCUUGAUUAAUGGACAGUUUCCUGGACCAGACAUUCAUUCAGUUACAAAUGAUAAUCUAAUUAUUAAUGUGUUUAACAGCUUAGACCAACCUUUUCUACUCUCCUGGUCUGGGAUUCAGCAGAGAAGAAAUUCAUUUGUGGAUGGAGUUUAUGGAACAACUUGCCCGAUCCCUCCUGGCAGAAACUACACGUACAUCCUACAAGUCAAGGAUCAGAUCGGAAGCUUUUACUACUUCCCUUCUCUUGCAUUCCACAAAGCAGCUGGCGGUUUUGGUGGCAUCCGAAUUCUCAGCCGUCCCAGAAUCCCUGUACCAUUCGACGAACCUGCAGGCGACUACACUGUCCUGAUUGGAGACUGGUACAAGGCCAAUCACACGGAUUUGAGGAAACACUUGGACGCUGGUAAGAAGUUACCCUUUCCUGAUGGCGUUCUUAUUAAUGGACGUGGACCUAAUGGACUCUCUUUUAACGUCGAACAAGGAAAAACAUACAGGCUGAGAAUAUGCAAUGUGGGGCUAGAACAUUCGCUCAAUUUUCGCAUUCAAGGUCACAAGAUGAAACUAGUUGAGGUGGAAGGAACACACACAUUGCAAACAUCCUACUCCUUUUUAGAUGUUCAUGUUGGCCAAUGUUACUCAGUGCUGGUCACCGCUGACCAACCAUCUCAAGACUACUACAUUGUUGCAUCGACUCGUUUUACCACUCAAAUCCUCACUGGCAUUGCUAUUCUCAAGUACAGCAACUCCGCUGGUCCAGUCUCAGGCCCACCCCCUGGUGGACCUACCAUCCAGGUUGAUUGGUCUUUAAACCAGGCCCGAUCUAUCAGGACUAAUCUUACAGCAAGUGGACCAAGACCUAACCCACAGGGUUCCUACCAUUAUGGUAUGAUACCCACUAGCAGAACUAUCAGACUGUCCAGUUCAGCUGGUCAAGUCGGUGGCAAGCAGAGAUAUGGAGUCAACAGUGUCUCUUUUGUGCCAGCUGACACUCCCUUGAAGCUCGCUGACUACUUCAACAUCCAAGGAGUUUUUCGAGUUAAUAGCAUCUCUCCCAACCCCACCGGUGGGGGCUUGUACCUUGACACUUCUGUUCUGGGCGCUGAUUUCAGAGCCUUUGUCGAAAUUGUGUUUGAAAAUACAGAAGAUAUCAUUCAGAGCUGGCACAUUGACGGAUAUUCUUUCUUUGUAGUGGGAAUGGAUGGAGGGCAAUGGAACUCAGGUAGCAGAAACAAUUACAAUCUCCGCGAUGCAAUUGCACGGACCACAGUUCAGGUGUACCCCAUGUCCUGGACUGCGAUUUACGUGGCUCUUGACAACGUGGGAAUGUGGAACGUCAGGUCGGAAUUUUGGGCACGACAAUACCUGGGACAACAAUUCUAUAUGCGAGUUUAUGCUGGUACCAACUCAAUAAGAGAUGAAUACCCCAUCCCCAAGAAUGCUCGCCUGUGUGGCAGGGCUGCCGGACGACACACUCGACCCCUUUAAGACUUCAUACCAAAAAUAAGAACCGUGCGUGCUACUAGGUGGAUUCAGUAUAGGGUUGAGAUUUGAGUUCUACUGAUAUUUUCUUAUUUGGUGCUCUAUAAGCACUAAUGCAAAAACUUGUAGAAUUUAACGACCUUAACUCAAGGUCACAUUCUUUUACUUUGUAAGAACAUAAUGUAUUUUUGUAAUUUCUAUUUUUAUACUGUAUUAAUAAAUUUAUUGGUUUUUAAA